AUGAUCACUGUCCCACACGUCGUCAAUCUCAACCUCACUGGUCAAUGGAGAGAAAAUGGUGGUAGAGUCUGGCACUGCACUCAAAAUGGACAUCACUUCACAUGGACUCAAGAAGGUACUGGAAGAGUUGCCACUGGUAUUGCUGUUCCAAAGGUUAACUCCUCUGAAUUUGCUGUUGUUUUGACUUUUGACAACACUGUUCACUGGUUGUUGAAGCCAUCUCCUGAUCACAAUCAAUUGCACGGACCAAGUGAUACUUUCACCAGAGUCUUCCCAUUGGUUGCUGAAGCUCCAUUCGGUGGAUACCAAGAAAAGAGUGGAAAGGUUUGGCAAGUGACUGCAUCAAGCCCAACUUCUUUCGUUUUGCACAAUCAACAAGAUGGUAGAAAUGCUGAUGGUUACUUCUCAAGAGAUCCAUCCUCUGGAAUGUACACUGUUUUCAUUAACUUCCACAACAAUGGACAAGAUCACUUGUUGAAGGUUGUUACUAACAAUUUGGCUUCUUUGCCAUUGAGCAAUGGUGAUGUCUUUACCAAGAUUUAUUAA